AUGGGCGACGGCCAAGCGUCCACAGUUGCUAGGCUGUAUCGGAAUGGAACUGGCUGUGAUUAUGGGGAAGGAGACAGAGCAGACUUCAUCUUCAGAGGAAGAGCCUAUGCAAAGUUGGCAAGUAACCCAGCUGCAGCUGAAAGGCUAUUUGCUUAUGAUGGUGUGGUUGAAAUUGAAUACAGAAGGAUCCCCUGCCAGUUUUCUGGUGCCAACCUUGUGUUCAAAGUCCAUGAACAUAGCAAAUAUCCUGAAUACUUGGCUAUAGUGAUUCAAUAUGUAGCUGGCCAAAACGAUAUCACAGCUGUUGAGUUGUGGCAGGAGGAUUGCAAACAAUGGAGGGCCAUGCGCAGAUAUGGAGCUGUUUGGGACACUCCAAACCCACCUAGUGGCUCCAUUAAUUGCAGGGGUGAAAUUGGUGCAGGCAAACAAAGCCAUCCUUGGAGAUUGGAAAGCUGGGGUUUCCUAUGA